CUUAGGGACAAUGCCAACUUCAUCAACUUCUGUUCCGGAAAGACUCUGACCAACGGUCAGCAAUUGAAGCAGGGCUCCUGCAGUGGAAUUGUUAUGGGAGAUAUUCCAGCACAGAGCAACAUGAUCUCGACCAUUAUUACGAACCCACAAGCUAUGCAGGAUAUCCCAGCUAACCAGGACUUCCAAGUCAAUUUGCAAGUCGACAACCUUCAAGCUGGUACUUUCACAAACCCGGAUAACACCUACUAUGCCGCCCCUCAGGCUUUGCAGGGUGGUAAGGUCGUCGGUCACACCCAUGUCACCAUCCAGUCUCUCGGGAACGACGUCAACACUCAACAACCUCCUGACGCAACGCAAUUCGCCUUCUUCAAGGGUAUCAACGAUGCCGGAGAUGGAAAUGGCGGUCUAUCAGCCGAUGUUGCUGGAGGCCUCCCUGCUGGUGUCUACCGUGUCUGCACCAUGACUUCGUCUGCUAACCACCAGCCCGUUCUGAUGCCUGUUGCGCAACGUGGUGCCCAGGAUGACUGCCAGAAGUUCACUGUUGGCCAGAGCAGCAACAACCAGCAGAAUGCCCAGAACAACGCUGGUAGCAGCACUGGUAGCAGCGCUGCUAGCAGCAGUUCCAGCAGCGCUGCCAAGAGUGGUCAGAGCAGCCAGGCUCAGGGCGGAAACAGUGGUCAGGGCGGAAACAAUGGUCAAAACAACCAAGCUCAGGGCGGCCAGGGCGGUCAAGGUGGCCAGCAUGGUGGCUUUGGAGGCUUUGGAGGCUUUGGAGGCUUUGGAGGCGGUCGCCGUGGCCGAGGACGCUUCGCCGUAAGAGAGUUCAUUGCGUAA